GUAUUAAAAUUGUAACUACUUUGUAUUGCUUUCUUUUACGACACACAUACGUAAACAAAGAAGGUGCCACAACAAAAGUGCAUGAUAAAGCUCAUGCACAAAACGUGCGCACCGCUGACAGUUUGCAGAAAAAAAGAAGAAAACGGGACGUCAAACCAUAUCUAAGAAAAUGUCGGCGCACAGUGGAGGUACGGAUUGGAACUCUGUGGUUAAACCACUUUUAUCUAAUCGUACGGGCGCUUUAAGCAAAAACGAAGUAGCAAAUAUACUCAAAGCGAUUGCCCGAUGUGAACAUGAUUUUUUCGACGAAGACAGCAAUUACGCGCAGUUUUAUACUGCGUUUGCAGCUUUGGCUGCCGAUAAGUUGAUGCAAAUCAAAUCAAUAUGCCAAACGCAAAUAUCACAACUGCACGAUGCCGCAGCCGUGCUUAUACGAUUCAUACUCUUUAGAUUGCCAAAGGUAUCUAUAUAUGAGCUCAAAUGGCUGUUGGCGGCACUUAAAAUGCUCUGUGAGGGAAAGAGUAGCUGCCCCACCAACACUGCUGCUGGCGCAGCCGUCAACACAAAUGCAUUGUCAUCAUUCGACUAUAAUGCCGUAGCGAAUGUGCUAAAGAGCGCUAAACACCCGGAAUCGAGCAACAAGAGCAUCAUUAGCAGCAGCAGCCACAGCAGCAGUGACAAAGAGUCACCGAAGUCUGAGAUAAAACGCUCACGCUCCGACCUAUCCUCGAUUAUUCUACAUCAACUUUUGGCCCCACUUGAGCCUGGAAAAAUGACUUGGGUGCCAUUGAGUGAGGAUGUUACAGAUUGCACGGACCAGCUACUGGUUGCAAAUAUAGCCUAUUUUCAGUAUCAAAAUGGAGUGGACACGCUGCUUGAUGUUUGUGUGGGCCUUCCUAUACUGAAUCGCUAUCGCACCAAAUACUUGGAGGCCAUAACAAGCGGAAAAACUUUAUAUUUACCAUUGACUCAAGUGGAAGCCACCACUAUUAAGUCUGCCAUUGCGCACAUGUCGACCGAUCUCUCGAUUUUAAUGCAGGCGCAUUCGCUUAUUGGGCUGCAGCCGCUGACCCCAAGCCGCAUAGAAAAAUUAUCAAUGUGCGGUAUCGCUGCGCUGUAUAAUGCGGUUCUCACCUCGAUUGCUGCUAGCGUUCUCAACAUGUCGAAUGCUAGUGGUUCGCAGAAACAACCGGUGGCCUCGACAAGUCAAGGUGGAGGUAUUAGCGUCCAGACCCCAAAAGAUCAUGAAGACUUCGAGGAACAGGCUUGUGCCAUUGUAAAUAAGGCACUUGAAAUCUACGCUACCAUUGGUGAAAUGUUCAAAAGUUCUGCGCGUACUUAUGUGUAUCAAAAUCAUUUGUGUUACGGUUCCUGGCUGCUGAUUAGCGGUAUACAAGGCGCUAUGGGUGCCUCUGGAAGCAGCGCCAGCGGCAGCUCGAAAAUACAGGCCAGCGAUGAUGCGGGCAAGGCACAAAAGGCGGGAAGAGGUACGAGUGAGUCGGGAGCUAAUUCGGCCACGCCUAGCACUCCCAUUGCGCGAGUAAAUCUAUUUAAAGUUCAGCAAGGCUUCGGCGAACUUAAUGCCGCCAUAGCCAAUCAAAGCAUAAAGCUUCUCUCGGAAUUGAUUGAUGACCUGAAAAUCGAAUCUGCCUGUUAUUCCGAUGGCAAUGAUAAUGACACUGUGGUGGAACAGUUCCCGGAGCCAGCUCAGUUCAACAUUCUACAGAAUUACACAUCACUACAACGAGUUGUGCGCGUAUUAAACACAGCGACGCUUCACCAGUUAUUUACUUUUUUGGCCACUGUGGCCUAUCGCAAGGCGUGUACACUAAAGCGCGCUACAAUCAAAGAUCGCACUGAAUGCGAGCCCAUCAGCUACUCCGAUUCGACGACCUACUUCAAUGAUUCGCUUUCCUGCUCGGACAAUUCCGAGGAGGAUGACAGUGAGAGCUAUUUGGGACAUUGGUUUAAGGAGACUCUGUCACCUGAGAUGCACGACGAUAAUGCAAAUGCACAAGCCUUAGAACGUAAUGCUGAACAGCAAAAAUCGGCGCUAGUGCCAAAGCUGGACGAGCCACAUGAGUACUUGGAUUUGGCAGCGGACAUCUUUUGCUUCCUGGAUCAAUUUCUCGCUAAUACCCACGGAUAUUUACAGCGCUAUGUGAAGGCAGGAGUGAGCGACCAACAAAUGCUACUUAUGGCCAAUAUUAUUAAAGACUUUGACCGCGAUGUUAUGCGAAAUGAUAGCGAGAGCAUCUCUUCAAACUCUAAGUGGCAUAGCUCGAUGAUACGCUUUUCUGGAGCUGCAGGACGCUACAUACACAAUCUGAUCUCUACGUCGCUGCUUUCGGAGCAGCUACAAUCCAAUCUGCUGCAGCAUCUAGCCAUUACUCCAUGGUCCACGGAGACAAGCACUUGGCCGCUGCAAGUAUAUCCAAGCACCUUAUCAGUGCUGGUGCAAAUUUUGCUGUUGAAGCCGACGCAGGAAAAGGAGGCAGCCUGUCUGUCGGUCUGGCAUCGACUUAUCAAUACGCUAGUCGAAGGUGUCUGCUCAGCUUCCGCCAGCGACACUGACUAUGAGGAUCUCAACAUCGAGCACGCCCAGCUGUUGCUUUUCCUCUUUCAUUCGCUUAAUUUGAUGCAAAAGAAGUCAAUUCUCCUACUAACUGCUGGUGGUGUCAUUCGAUGUGCCGACGUCUGUCGCGGCAUUUCCGCGGAACGACCCGUGCGUAACAGCCAGAUGAUGUUGCUCUCGCGGCUACUGCUCUUCCUUGAGUAUUUAAUGAAACAUCUUUACAAUGCACCGCCAGAGCUCUUGGAUCAAGUGCGUUGGAAUCUUUUCAGUGUAAGCAGCAUGCCGGAGACACAGAAGGUCACAGAUUUGCUGAACAGUCGCACCAAAUUCUCCUCAUACUGUCGCAAUGAUAUUGAGGAGAAAUUCCGCAAGUCGGCAGGCGAAUAUAGCUCAAAUAUACGACCCACCUUUUAUUCGCUGGUUACCUCAGACCCUUGCAAGCCACACUGGGCUCAAGAAUUUAAGUUGGAUGGAUUGGCUUGGAAUUUCAUACUCUGUACGCCUGACAAACUGAAGUAUCCACUGCUGGUGGAUGCUUUGACUGACAUACUUGCCAUCGCGGAUAUGUCUGCUUAUACUAAGGAUAAUAUUCACAAUCUUUGCGCAAUGCAAUAUUGCUUCAGCAUCGCUUGGAAACUACUCUUAGGCUUACCGCCCUCAACAUCACACAUGGAGUCUCUAACUAGCGAGAAUGCUCCCAAUCUACAUUCAUUGAUCUGGAGUAUUCGUUGUCCGCUGCCCAGCUCAUACUAUCUCAUCGUCAAUAGUCUCAUUAAGCAGGGAAUGUAUACGCAGUAUGCGGAGUCCCUAUGGAGCAAAGUAGGCGAUCUUGCUGCAGACAUGCGCUACAGUCUUAAGCAAACAAUACUCGGUGUGGAGGCUUUCAAUAAACAGUUCAACAAAGAGAAGCCACGUCUCUCCGAUCUCAUUCUAUUCGAUGCGCUCGUAGCACACAUGCAGGCUGUGGCAUGGGCUGACAAGGAGGGUUACAAGCUGCAGCGUAAGGAGGCUAGAGACGAUAGUUCUGUGGAUGGUGGUGGUGCUCAGGCAUCUGUAGCAAGCAGUUCGAUUUCUUCGACUGAAAAGGAAGUUUACUCUUCAAACGAAUCGAUUGAUCAGAAGAAGUCAAAACUUGACAACAGCUCCCUCUCACCGGCAGAGUUAAAAGAACGCACGCAAAUGGUCAGUGAGCUGUUACUAAAGCUAAUGGACUCCUACAGCCUAAUCAUUGGCAUUGUGCGCGAUAAAAUGCUGAAGCAAUUGUCAAGCUCAACGCCGGAACAGGCUCUCAAUUUGAUUGUACCGAUUGUAAGUGAUAAGCCGGCCAUAAUGCUGGAACUGCAUACUGCUUUUCUGAAGCUGCUGCCAAACGAAGACAAGCAGCUCAUAGCUAAUGAAUGGCCAAAGUGUCUGGUUGUGAGCGAAGUCGCCUUCGACGGUAAACAGCAUCCUGUUGAGCCUUACACACUUACCUUGAUUGAUUCGCACAUCUCGGAGCUAACAAAGGCAUCGAGCUACUCAACGUUGCACACCAUGAAGAAUUGUCUAAAGUCUAUACUGCAUCUCAUUGAGUUGCUGCUCCCCUAUAGUGCCGAUGGGGAGAACCACGGAACUGUGAAAGCGCAGCUGAAGCCUCUGUUGAUCGCAACGAUGCUGGAUAUACGUACCGAUUAUCUUCAAUGCCACAGCGAGCAAUGCUUGCGUGAGAUUCUCAGUGGGAUGACGUUGGAGGCACAGAAAAUGCUGCUCUACGAGCACAUGAUUAGCUACUGUUACCGCAUGCUUAUUGACUUUGCCGAAGAGCUGCGCGUGCCACAGAACCAGCCCGAACAUCGGGCCGUCUUCAACGAGUCCAUGCUCUUCGCAGUGCUACGCACCCUCACUAAAAUGAUCGAGAAGCCCACUGCCGUUGUGGCAAUGCGUAAUUUCUUCAAGGAGCAACGGAACGGCAGCUUUACAGAGCUGCUACUCUCGUUUACGGGCACUACUUUGCCCAUGAGCUAUGCGCGGAAAAUGUUGCAGUUUGUGGAGCGUUUGUUUCAACAGGGGAUGCAACCAGAAUCGGAGUUUCCGCACGAGGAACUGGUUCAAUGUUUUGCCGAAUUGGGCAGCAUUGAUGUCAAUCGACUAAAGUUGUGGCUCACGCAUAUCAUCUAUGGGCCCAAUGGCAGUUUGGCCGUCUCUCUAGCCACCAACGCAACGAGUUCGGAAGGUGUUGAUACGUGCAAGGUGCUAACCAGCAUUAUACAGCCAUCGAGUACAUCCUCAAGCAAUGCACAAACUCCCACGAAUAUGGCAACCGUAUCUGCCAUGCCGAGCAUUUCAGAUCAGUUGGAUGCCAUGGAUAUUGAUUACGACUGUGCUGGUGUACCACCAAAUAACUCAAAUAUACUAAGCUUGUGGCAAGCCGCGACUGGCAGUGCGCCAAAUCAGUCUGAAGACUCUUCGCAGGCCUGUGAACAGAGCUCCGAACGCAAUGGUGCCUUGUUGUUGAGCUUCGUGAAGUCAUUGGUGCGGGAUGGCAAGGCAGCCACUGGUGUGAUAGCGCCCCUGCUCUUCCAGGCCCUCCUGCAGCUCGGGCAAACAUUGAUAACGCCGCCACAAGAUGGCUGCGACUUUGCUGAUGUGCUGCAAAUAAUGAUUACACUGGCCGAUGCGGCGCCGGCACGUGGCCAUGUCGCCUUGUUUAAUACAACGCUGCUCUGGCUGGAGAUUGCCAAGCUACAUGUGGCGGACAAGCAGAAUUUGAAAAAUGCCGAAAAUAUAAGUGCGCUUCUAAAAUAUUUAAGCGAGCUGCUGCAGAGCAUUGGUUUCAAGGGCAGUCGGCAGCACAUGCCUCCGUGGGAUGAUGAGCUGCAGACGGACAUUGACGAGCUCUACGAUGAGUUGGCGGGCGAGGAGGACGAUUCCCUCUUGGAGGACUCUGAUGAGGAUACGCUCAACAAUAAGCUGUGCACUUUCUCGCAGACGCAAAAGGAGUUCAUGAACCAGCAUUGGUACCAUUGUCACACCUGCAAUAUGAUUAACACCGUGGGUGUCUGCUCCGUGUGUGCACGAGUAUGCCAUAAGGGCCACGACGUCAGUUAUGCAAAAUAUGGUAAUUUCUUUUGCGAUUGCGGCGCCAAGGAGGAUGGCUCCUGUCAGGCACUGAGUCGACGCAUUGCAUCUCAUGGAGGCUGUGAAAGUAGGGCUAUGGCGGACUAUGGCGUUAGCGGCGGCAGCAGUGGCAGCUACGUUUCCAACAUGGGUCUAUUAAGCAGCAAGAAACGCAGCUCAGCCGGCGCAAUGCCGGCAGCAAACAGCCACCACGCUCGUAAGGAUUCGCUCACCAAUGAGCGCAUUGUGUUGCUUGGAAAGCUACUAGAAUCGCAUCGCGAUGCUCUUCAGCAUACGGAUCAGUGGCUAGUUGUGGUGCGUUGCAUUCUGGAGUACUUUGAUGUGCUGUUGCCGGCAAUAAAGGAGAGCUGCACCCUCUACUCCAUUGUAGGCUGCCACAAGCGUGCUACGGCAGCGCUGGAACGGCUCCAUCAGCUACAGCAGAGUUUUCAGGUGACGGAUCAGCUCAUGUUCGCCACGCUUGGCUCACAGGAGGGCGCCUUCGAAAAUGUGCGCAUGAACUAUUCGGGCGAUCAGGGACAGACUAUUAAACAUCUCAUCUCGUCGGGCGUAUUGCGACGCGUCGCCUUCUGCUGCCUGAGCUCACCCCAUGGAAGGCGCCAGCACUUGGCUGUGUCCCAUGAGAAAGGCAAAGUAACCAUAUUGCAGCUGUCGGCGCUUCUUAGACAGGCAGACGCCUCCAAGCGCAAGCUGACGCUUACCCAACUGUCAUCUGCACCUAUAUCCUGUACUGUGCUCUCGCUCACUGCUAAUCCCUGCAACGAGGAUUGCUUGGCUGUGUGUGGACUUAAGGAGUGUCAUGUGCUGACGUUCUCGAACAGUGGCAGCACCAACGAACACAUUGUAGUGACGCCGCAUCUAGAGAAUGGCAAUUAUAUUAAGAAAGCUGUAUGGCUACCCGGCUCCCAGACCAUGUUGGCGUUAGUCACCUCGGACUAUGUGAAGAUCUAUGAUUUGUCUGAAGAUGCCUACAGUCCUAAGUAUUACUAUCUCGUUGCGGUGGGAACGAUACGUGACUGCACCUUUAUAUAUCAAGAAGGCGCUUAUUAUAUGCUGGCCUUCGCAUCAUCCGGAUACAUUUAUUAUCAGAUUUUGGACGAGCAGAGCUUGGCUGUGCACGGCGACUUCUAUGUGACGAAUACUCUGGAGCUCAGCCACCAGUACACCAAGGACGUUAAUGGACAGGUGGGAGGCGGCGGAGUCUCCAUUUACUACUCGCACGCCCUCCAAUUGCUAUUCUACAGCUAUUCGGUGGGGCGCAGCUUCGUGUCGCCCCUGGUGGAUGUAAAUAAAGGCGUUAAGGGUAUCUACUACUUGGAAACUAAUCCUACGAGCAAGUCCUCCUCGAAGGGUCCCAUGCAGCCGCUGGUGCAAUGGACGGAAAUAUCUGGACAUCCCGGUCUUAUUUACGCCUCCAUGCAGACUUCUAAUAAUCCCAUCAUCUUCAUGUUUACGCCGGAACGCAUUUAUAUGCAGGAAAUUAAAGCGCAAUCGGCCAAAUCCCGUAUCAUGGAUGUUGUGGGUAUUCGCCAUGCUGUCGCCGGAACGGACAAGACGACGCUCCUAUUGCUCUGCGAAGAUGGCAGUCUACGAAUCUUCUCGGCACAGCCAGAUCAGACCAGUUUUUGGCUCUCGCCACAGGUACAACCCUUCGGCAAUCAGCUCUACAGCUCCACACUCAUGGCCAAAAGCAUUUCCGCGUCCAAUAGUCAAACGAAGAAGUCAAACAAACGCAAGUCCAGUCAGCAGCAAAAGACGAUGACGGCUGCAGGUGUGCCUGUAUUUCCCAUCGAUUUCUUCGAACACUGCAACAUGCUGGCGGACGUAGAGUUCGGGGGCAAUGAUAUGUUGCAGAUCUACAAUAAACAGAAGCUAAAGACGCGCCUAUUUUCGACUGGAAUGUUUGUGGCUUCCACGCGACCGAAUGGUUUCACCUUGGAGGUAAUUAAUAAUGAUCCAAAUAUUGUUAUGGUCGGCAUACGCGUCCUCCUGGGUACUCAGGAUACACAGCGCGCCCCGCAAUCGGUCACCAUUUUAGGUCGCACCAUUCCAACGGUUGUACGAAAGGCUCGUUGGUUUGACAUCCCCUUAACACGUGAGGAGAUGCUAGUCUCGGAUAAGCUGCUUAAGGUGAUGUUCUCCAAGUCGCAGGAUCCGGAAAAUGUCACGCUGCUUGACUGUAUAGAGGUAUACGGCAAAUCAAAGGAUCUCGUGGGUUGGCCGGAUGACAAUGAGGAGACGGCACCGGCCGGCAAUGCAGGGACUGCUACCGUUCCCUCGAAUGGUCAAAACCCCGGUCAGCCAAAUGCUUCCGUGGCCAAUUUUGGCGAGGGUUUCAACUCCAUUACACAACUAGAUCGUAUGGUAACCCAUCUGCUGGAGGUGCUGGAUUGCGCCUUACAUUUGCUUAAUAAUACGAGCAGCGUGUCGGCACCUGUUCGCCAGAAGGCUAUUAAAACCGCCAGUGCAUUGCUUCUACUGCCAACACCGAAUCCCGUGCAGACACAGGCCCGCUACGUGCUGGCGACACUUUACGGCAAUCGUUCUGCCUACCAUAGCUACAAGGACGGUGUGGUGCUCAGUUUUGUGCACAGCGAGCUGCAGUCGAUGCACUCCCAGCUGGACACACUACACGAUAUCGAUCCGGAGGCUCUAUAUCGCCUUAUCUUACUUGUACGCGGUAUAGCCAACACCCGCCCCCAAUCGCUGACAAAGAUAUGUCUGGAGUGUCGUUAUGACAUUGUCCCGGCGCUGAUGAGCAUCGUCACCGAGCUAUACAAAGUGACGCCAGCCGUCGACGAACCCACAAACAUUGUACGACGAGGCUUGUGCCAAACAGAGACUAUGGUCCAUUGCCUGGUUGAGAUCAUGUACGGAUUUGCUUUGGCGGAUAGCAGCCAAGUCGGUCGAAUGACGAAUCACUUCAUUGAAUUGCUGCGCCAUGAUGCCACCGUUAUUAGUCAUAGCGCCAAGGAAGCGCUCAUAUUGCUUUUGAGUCCGCGUGUCAAGCGUCGCAAAGUGGCGCUUGUUACACCGCCCGCCUGCUCCACACCAACACCAUCGACCACGAUAAGCGCCACAAAUUUAAGUGCAUUGUCGGGAGCAGCUGCCACGGCGGCACAUGAGAUCAUCGAGGAGGCUGCUGCAGCUGCUGUGGAUGUAGCUAUGGCUGGAGCUAGUGGAGGAUCUGGCACAGGAGCGGAAGCUGGUGCAGGCUCCCGCAAUACUUCGGCACCGGCUGCUGUGGCAGCGGCCGCAGCUGCAGCCGCUGUACGCAUGCCAGAGUUCGCAGAUGGAGCCGCUUUAGAUCCAGAAGCAGAAGCGGGACAGCAGCAGUUACUCAAUCUGGAGGCUUUCAUGGGCGGGAGCUUUCCACGGCUGUUAGGCCUGCCCGAAGAUGCGGACGAUGAGGCCAUUAUGGACAUAGCCAUUGCGCUCAGUCUACAGCAGCAUGAAGGUGACGCCAAUGCUCUGCACUCCCUGCAGCAAGGAUUGGCUAAUUUACAGGGUAUACGAAAUGCAGCGGCGAAUGCUCAGAAUGCGGAUGCAAUGGGCGGUCUGGCAGUGAGUGUUUCGGCCGGAGGCUCUGAUGAUGAGGGUUCAAAUGUGGCAACCGAUGGUUCAACACUGCGUACCUCACCGGCCGAACCAGCGGGCAGCGGUGGCUCCGAGAGUGGUGGCAGUGGCGUGGAAAGUAUUGGUGGCACCUCAGCACGCAGCAGCAAUUUUGGCGACCAUCCAAAUGCCUCACCACCUCAACAGAGCUCCGCAGGUGGUGGCAGUGGCUGUGGUGGUAGCAACAAAUUAGCUGAACGCGUCAGCGAGGACGAGCAGCCCAGUAGCAGUGGUGGCGGCGUUGUUGCGCUGAGCGCCAUGAGCAGCACGGAGCGCGAUGAGAACGAAGACAACGAGGACGAAAAAAUGAGUAAACUACAUGAUCUAAGAAUCGCCGUGCUGGAGAGCAUUAUCGAGCAUUUGAACACUUUCGAUCAGUGCAACGGUAUUCAGGCCAUACCUCUAAUACAAGUCAUACUAAUGCUAACCACCGAUCUUAACGGCAACAACGAACGUGAUCAAAAGGUUCUGAACGAGCUGUUGAUCGCUCUCGUGGAGUAUGUGGAGAUUGGAAAACGUGGCGCCGCAGCAAAGAUGAAGAACAAAUGCGCCAGUAAUGAAGUGCGCUUGGCGCUGUUAUCGCUCUUCGGUGUCAUGAUGGGUAAGACAAAGUCGAAGCAGACGGGCACGACGUCUCCGCCACACCAAUUCAAAGACAACAGUUCCUUUGUGGCUAGCACCACAGCGAAUGUGCUGAGUAAGAGUGGUGCUUUUGUUUAUGCCCUGGAGGCCCUAAAUACACUGCUCGUGCACUGGAAGGACGUGCUGGGUGAUCCCUAUUCAAAUACUGCUAGCACUGCUCAGACAUCUCCGCCUGCGCCGACACAGAACGCAGCAGCCGGAGCAGGUCAAACACAGCUGCUGAAGCCGAUUAAAUACGGUCCGAAGCCGGACAUAUCGAUACUGAUACCGCACAACUAUCUGAAGAACUAUCCGGACAUAUUCGAAUCGUACGAUGCCUUACUUACGGAAAUCAUCGUACGCCUACCUUAUCAGAUCCUUCGGCUGUGCAACUCACAUCCGGACAACUACGACAGCGGCUUUUGCGAGGCCAUGACCUUCACACUCUGCGAGUAUAUGAUGUUGAAUCUAAAUGCGCUGCUUCGUCGUCAGGUACGGAAGCUGUUGAUGUACAUUUGCGGCAAUAAGGAAAAGUUCCGCAUGUAUAGGGACGGACACUCGCUGGACGCACAUUUCCGCGUUGUGAAGAGGAUUUGCAAUAUAGUGAGUAACAAGAAUGGUGCGCCCUACAAUAUGAAUCCGCCCAUACUUGGCUAUGACGCUUUAGUAGAACUGACGGAGCAUCUGCGCACCUGCCAGGAAAUCAGUCAAAUGCGUACCGGGAACUGGCAAAAGUUUUGUGUGGUUCACGAGGAUGCUUUGGCCAUGCUAAUGGAGAUUGCAUGCUACCAGCUGGAUGAUGGCGUCUCGCCCAUUAUUAUACAUCUAUUGCAAGCCGCUGUCUGCAACAUGUCGGGUGUGAAGCAACAAGCACCGGCACCACCGCCCCCGUCGUCAUCUCAACCAUCCAGUAAGCUGCGCAGUGAGCGCGAAAAGAGCGAAGACACCGAUGCCUAUUAUUCCAAAUUCGAUCCAGCCCAGUGUACCACAUUCGUGCAUCAGAUAUUCCGCUACGCUUCCGAUGCGCUAAUUAUCAAAUUUGUGCGCAUAUUCCUGCUGGACAACAACAUCAGCAUGCUGCGCUGGCAGGCACACUCCUUUAUACACGGCGUGUUUGAGAACUCGAACGAGCGACAGCGCGAGAAGCUGUUGAACUUGUUCUGGAAUAUGUGGCCACUGGUGCCGGUCUAUGGUCGUCGCACAGCGCAAUUCGUUGAUCUAUUGGGUUACUUGACGCUGAGCACGCGCAGCAUUACGGAUCGGCUGCCGGAGUUCGUUUCGCGGGCCGUUGACGUGCUGCGGCAGCAAAACGAUCUGCUCUGCAAGCAUCCCAAUGCCCCGAUCUAUACAACGUUGGAGCAAAUACUGCAGGUAAAUGGCUAUUAUCUGGAGUCGGAACCGUGUCUGGUGUGCAACAAUCCGGAGGUGCCGAUGACGAACAUUAAGGUGCCGUCCGUCAAGUCGGACAGCAAAUAUACGACCACCACCAUGAUCUACAAGCUGGUGCAGUGCCACACCAUCUCUAAGCUGGUUGUGCGCAUCGCCGAUCUGAAGCGGACUAAAAUGGUUCGUACCAUCAAUGUCUAUUACAACAAUCGUACCGUGCAAGCAGUGGUAGAGCUGAAAAAUCGACCAGCCCUGUGGCAUAAGGCGCGUUCCGUGUCCCUCCAGUCGGGUCAGACGGAGCUGAAGAUCGAUUUCCCACUUCCAAUCACAGCUUGCAACCUAAUGAUCGAAUUUGCCGAUUUCUACGAGACGGUAACCGGAUCCAGUGAAAAUCUACAGUGCCCUCGCUGCAGCGCCGCAGUGCCCGCCUACCCUGGCGUUUGUGGCAAUUGUGGCGAAAACGUAUUCCAAUGCCACAAAUGCCGUGCGAUUAACUACGACGAGAAGGAUCCCUUUUUGUGUCACUCCUGCGGCUUUUGCAAGUACGCCAAAUUUGAUUUCAGCAUGUAUGCUCGCGUUUGCUGUGCCGUCGAUCCAAUUGAAUCCGCCGAGGAUCGCGCCAAGACCGUUCAGAUCAUUCAUACAUCGCUGGAACGCGCCGAUCGCAUUUAUCGCCAACUCUUGACCAACAAACAAAUGCUGGAGCUAUUAAUACAAAAGGUGGCGGAACAUCGCAGCUCGGAUCGUUUAGUUGAUGACAAUAUGGGAACUGUGCAUAGCACUUCACAGGUUAACAAAAUCAUCCAAUUGCUGGCGCAAAAGUAUUGCGUAGAAUCGCGGACGUCCUUCGAGGAGCUCAGCAAGAUUGUGCAGAAGGUCAAGGCAUGUCGCAGCGAGCUGGUGGCCUACGAUCGCCAGCAACAGGAUCAACCGAACUGCACACAGACGCCCGAUUCCCGCGAGAUUCACACGGCGAAUCGCUGUUACGGCUGCGCACUCGCCUCCACCGAGCAGUGUCUGACGCUGCUGCGUGCCAUGGCCUACAAUUAUGACUGCCGGAUCGGCCUCUAUAGCCAGGGCCUGGUGAAUGAGCUUGCCGAGCACAAUCUGCGACGCGGUACGCCUCAAAUUCAGGAAGAGGUGCGCAAUCUACUGGUAGUGCUGACCAAAGACAACUCCGAGGCAUGCAUAAAUCUGUUAAAUCUGGUCACAACCCGAGUAAAGAACGCUUUAAUGGGCGCUAUACCGCUCAUCAGUCUAGAGGCUGCAGUGCAUCAGGAGAUGACUUUACUAGAAGUGCUGCUCGGCCAGGACGACGUAUGCUGGGAAUUUAAGCUGAAGAUCAUUUUUGAGUUGUUCAUCAGCAAUUGCCGUCUGCCUCGUGGUCCUGUCACCUCCGUGCUUCAUCCUUGCCUGCGCAUCAUGCAGAAUCUAAUAUGCCCAACACUGCCCAUCAGCAAAAGUAAUCAGAGCCUGGCGCCAACAGAGAUGUGCUCCGUGAAAAUACUUGACGGCAACACAAUUGAUUAUCGCGCCUGGUUAAGUUCAGAUCGCAAUCACGAGUACAGUGCCUGGAGCAGUCGUAUGCCACCAAACUUUGCGUCGUCUGCGGUCGACUCUGAACGCCAGAAGUUACACGGCAGUGGCGAUGGUAAGCAGCAGCCGCAACAAGGUGCUAGCACACCAGCCACUCAAACGGACAAAUUAGACCCGAAGACGAGGAGACAGCUAUCGCGUGCCGCUUACCUACAGGAGAAGUAUGGAAGACGUUGGCAGGAACUGAUACUGGAUAAGAUGCGUGUCAUUAAGCCGCUGGUCUUCACAGCUAAAUGGAUUCAGCCGUUGCUUUUCAACCCGAACUCCCGCUUUGGCAGGCAGUUAGCAUGCUCUUUGCUUACCGCCCUCACCCGUACAAACGAACGCAAGCAACAGGCCCUCAAUAUGCUGACCAGCUUCCUGAAGUGUGUUGGCGAGGCGGGCGAGGCUAGUGCUGAAUAUUUGACGCUCUAUCGCACCGUGGCCACAGAGACACCCUGGCUACAGUAUUUGGUGCUUCGUGGCGUUCUCGGCACCAUUUCUCAACUUCUGGCGGUGGAAAUCGGAAAGAUACAUCGCAUGGAGGAGAACUCCCUGUCCUCGGAUCUAUCGCUGGGAUAUGCGCUGCGGCAGUAUGUGGAGCUGUUGUGCCUGUUCCUAGAAUCGCCGAAUGUUAGGCGUACGUAUAAGACGCGAAUGCUCGGUCCGGUGCUGGAAAGCUAUCUGGCAUUGCGAAGUUUAGUUGUGCAGCGCACUCGACUCAUUGAUGAUGCGCAAGAUAAGCUGUUGGAUAUGCUCGAGGAAAUGACUAGUGGCACAGAGGAGGAGACGCGUGCCUUCAUGGAGAUUCUGAUCGACACCGUCGAGAAGACGCGCAUGAAUGAUAUCAAGACGCCGGUGUUUAUAUUUGAACGCCUCUAUUCAAUCAUACAUCCGGAGGAGAACGACGAGAGUGAGUUUUAUAUGACGCUAGAAAAGGAUCCGCAACAGGAGGACUUCCUGCAGGGUCGCAUGCUUGGCAAUCCGUAUCCAUCCGGCGAGGUGGGUCUGGGUCCUUUGAUGCGGGACGUUAAAAAUAAGAUCUGCACAGACUGUGAGUUAAUUGCCCUGCUCGAGGACGAUAACGGCAUGGAGCUGUUGGUCAAUAAUAAGAUCAUUAGCCUCGAUCUACCCGUUAAAGAUGUGUACAAAAAGGUGUGGCUGGCCGAGGGCGGUGAUCGCGACGCCAUGCGAAUUGUUUAUCGCAUGCGCGGACUUUUGGGCGAUGCCACCGAAGAGUUUGUUGAGACGCUAAACAACAAGAGCCAGGAGGAGGUGGACACCGAACAGCUUUACCGGAUGGCCAAUGUGCUGGCCGACUGCAACGGGCUUCGUGUAAUGCUGGAGCGCAUCGGAAGCCUGCAGCGUAUAUCGCGUAAUCGUGAACUGAUUCAGGUGCUAUUAAAACUCUUCCUCAUCUGUGUUAAAGUCAGGCGCUGCCAGAAGGUGCUCUGUCAACCGGAGGUGGGUGCCAUCAAUACCCUUCUCAAGGUACUGCAGAUGUGUCUGCAGUCCGAAAACGAUUCGAUACAGUCCGCUGUCACCGAGCAACUGCUUGAGAUAAUGGAGACCAUUCUGUCGAAGGCAUCAAGUGAUACGCUGGACUCGUUCCUUCAAUUCUCGCUCACAUUUGGCGGACCGGAAUACGUGACUGCGCUAAUUUCUUGCACGGACUGUCCGAACGUACGCAACAAUCCCUCCGUGCUGCGUCACCUAAUACGGGUCCUCGCUGCGCUCGUCUAUGGUAACGAGGUGAAGAUGGCUUUGCUCUGUGAGCACUUCAAGAAUACGCUCGACUUUAAUCACUUCGAUCAGGAGCGCACCAGCGAGGAGGAGUUCCGCAUCGAGCUCUUCUGCGUGUUGACCAAUCAAAUCGAGCAUAACUGCAUCGGCGGCACCCUCAAGGACUAUAUCGUCAGUCUUGGCAUUGUGGAGCGUGCUCUGGCAUACAUUACCGAGCACGCUCCGUGCGUGAAGCCCACGCUGUUACGAACGGACUCUGAUGAAUUGAAAGAAUUCAUUUCACGGCCAAGUCUCAAGUAUAUUCUGCGUUUCCUUACUGGACUUGCUAAUCAUCAUGAGGCCACACAGCUGGCCAUCAGCAAGGACAUCAUACCGAUCAUACAUCGUUUGGAGCAGGUGUCUAGCGAUGAGCAUGUCGGCAGCUUGGCCGAGAAUCUGCUCGAGGCUCUAAGCACAGACUCGGCAACCGCUACGCGCGUCCAGGAGGUGCGCGAUUUUACGCGGGCCGAAAAGAAGCGUCUGGCUAUGGCCACGCGUGAAAAACAGCUGGAUGCUUUGGGUAUGCGCACUAACGAGAAGGGCCAGGUUACAGCCAAGGGCUCCAUUCUGCAGAAGAUCGAGAAGUUGCGCGACGAGACAGGACUUACUUGCUUUAUCUGCCGCGAGGGAUACGCCUGCCAGCCGGAAAAGGUGCUUGGCAUUUAUACAUUUACCAAGCGCUGCAACGUCGAAGAAUUCGAACUAAAGUCGCGCAAAACUGUCGGAUACACCACGGUUACUCAUUUCAAUGUCGUGCACGUCGACUGCCACACCUCGGCUAUACGGCUGACACGUGGUCGCGACGAAUGGGAACGCGCCAGUCUACAAAAUGCGAACACCCGAUGCAACGGCCUGCUACCGCUUUGGGGCCCGAAUGUGACAGAGGCCGCUUUCUCUGGCUGCAUGACUCGGCACAGCAGUUAUAUGCAGGAGAGUACGCAGCGCUGCGACAUCUCGUAUACGAGCAGCGUCCACGAUCUGAAGCUGCUACUUAUGCGGUUCGCUUGGGAGCGUAGCUUCCACGACGAUGCCGGCGGUGGUGGACCACAGUCAAAUAUGCACUUUGUACCCUAUUUGCUCUUCUAUGCCGUUUAUCUGCUGCUCUCCUCGCGCUCAGCCGCCCGGGAUAGCAAGACCCUGCUCACCUAUUUGACGGCACCGCCUUCGGAUAAGUGGCUCGAGUGCGGCUAUGAGGUCGAUGGACCGCUCUACAUGAUCACUAUCUCUUUGUCGUUGCACAGCCGUGAACUGUGGAAUAAGCAUAAGGUAUCCCAUUUGAAGCGCCUGCUUGCUGUUGCCCAGGCCCGCCAUGUAUCACCAUCGGUAUUGUGCAAGGCGCUGCUGACGCCCGGGGACCGACAGACCAAAGAGUACAACGUGUAUAAGCCUUUCCUGAUGAUGUGGGCGGUAGUGGACCUUAUCUACAAUACGCUAUUCAAAACAGUCAGCACGCCCAAGGAGGAGGAUUGGUCCAUAUCCCUAUUUGACUUCAUUCGGAAGAACGACGAAGUCAUGCUUAAGUCCACGGAUAAUAUCCUGCAAACGCUGACCGAUGAGUUUAUGCCAUGCACCUCGUUUGGCGAGUUCUGCGACGUGGCUGGACUGCUGCAUCUUAUCGAGCAGCCAGACAGCUUCAUCGACGAAAUGCUGGCAGCAUUACCAUCGACCGCGAGCACCUCUAGCUAAAUGUUUGCCUCAUCAGCAUCGCACCUGUUUUUGUAUUUUCUUUUCGAUUUGAAUUGGAUGUCAACUCGUAGUCGUCAAAUGUUACAGGAGGCGGCAAAGAAUAUAGUUUAACCUGAUUUAAAAUUAAAUAGCAGCUGCUGCUGCCAAUAUAUAGAAAUAUACGCCCUAUAUAUAAAUAUAUAUGUAUACAUA